AGGAAAUUGUAUUAAUUUAAUCUGUCUUCGAUUCUUAGUUGAAGACAAAAACGAAAUACAAUCGUACAUACGUUUUGGGACGUUUACGAAUUAUUCGUCUGACAGAUGCCCGUUCACGCAUCUGAAAUCAGUCACGCAAUCAAACGAGAGAAAGUCGUGGCGAGAUGAUUAGGGAACGCUCAAAGGAUCGGUAUAAAUUUUUCGAAAUUUCUCAAGGGGAAAUCAGACUAAUCGGAAUUUACCGAUUGGAGUAUGAGAUCAUGCUUCAUAUGGUUCUUUCCGGUACUUGUGGCAUCUGCUCUCAUUAAUUUACGAAGGGUAAUGGGUGUUAGCACUUUCAAGCAUGAACAAAAUGUUGGCACGGUGUUAUUCGAGAAAACUGACGCUGGUAAACAUUGUUGGACCACGGAGGAGUUUAUUAUCUUAAAUAGUCGGAGGAUGUUUCAAGAUCUAUUACCAAAGGUGAAAGUUCUAAAUUAUGAGAACGAUCGGUACAUCGCGCUGCUGAUGGAUUACUUUCACAUUUGUCUGGAGAGCGUGCGGAAGCUGUCGAUAGGUAAAACGAAGCACCUGAUGCUGAAAGCCCUCGCGGACACGAUGGGCGGCUACUUGCAGGUUUACAUCCUGCCUCUCACCAGACACUCCUAUUACGCCGGGAACAUAAAGUAUCGGAACGCGAGGAAGCUGUUCGAGCUGUACGAGCAGCUGAAAGUUUUCCUCGGAAGCAACGGAGUCGGCUGGCUGAGCUCCUCCAACGAGAUAAAACACGCGAAAAUACAACCGAUCGUAAUCACGCCGCCGAGAUCGUCGGUCGCAUGCGAUGGAAUUAUUACCUAUCCUGCCUCUUCAACUGAUUACAACAAACGAGAAAUAAAGCGUUUCACGUUUAAACAGAAGAAACGACUCACGUCGAAACACAAAAACAGAAAUUCUGGAAGCAAGAGUGUAUCUGUAAGGAGCGAAGAAUCGAUUAUCGUCCCUCUUCCUUUCCUGGACGACGAAGAAGAGCCGAAUAGCAUCGCGUUACCAUUUAAGAAGAACACCUUGCAGUCGUUGUACAGCGAACGAUCGACAUUCGUAUUAGUUAAAUAUUACAUAGCCAGCGUGAAAUGCAUCUCCUCGAAGACGAAGGGGAAAACGGAAGUGGACAGUUUCAACCAGCAGUUUUACGAUUGGCUGCAGCAAUCCGUGCAGCCGCACCUCGACGGUAAGAAAUGGUACCCAGCGUUCGGCGGUGUUCUUCGAGUGAUCACCACGUUAGAGGAAGCUGGCGCGGGAACCGGUCCCGCGAAAGGAAGAAAAAGCGGAGCGUAUCAGAUGAUGCCCAAACCGGGAGCGCUACCGAGCGCCGAGCCGGACGAAGGCGUGCCACCUUUGUACAAAGACGAUGAGACGACGGUCACGCUGGGUACGACGGAAUUAAUAUCCAUCGCCGUGGUGAGCGCGCUGUUGGUCUGGUUGCUGGUAGGCCUCAGCCUCGUCUGUUACAGAUUUCUCGUGAAGCACUCCGACGAGUGUGGUCCUUGCGAGCCACGGGAUCCUCCAGUCGCUGUUUUAUAUGAAAAUAAGGAGUACUGUCAGCCUGACACGUGUCCAGCGAAGGCACCUCGUAAGGGAUUGCUGGAAAGGAUUAAGGAUUGUUGGCAGGGAAAGUUCGGCAAGGGUCGCGCGAAUUGUCAGAACCCAAUGGACGAGGAACGAUGUUUAGCAGCAAUUAGUUAUACUAGCAAAGAUACAAUAGACGUUAGUAGUAGUAGCAGAGGAUAUCAAAAAAGAAAAAUUAGUAAAUCGGUCUCAGCGACGAUGUCCAGUUAUCGGAAGGAACGUGUGCCUGUCAGGAAAGUCUAUUACAGUUCAGACGGAUCGUUAACUACAAACACUGAGAGUCCUAAACCGAGAUAACAGGAGGCUACAAGUUCCCGUUUACCUUUUAAUAUUGGUAUCCUUUUUUUUGAGUAUGUACGAUGUAAUAAAUGC